AUGAUGCUGCUUUCGGCACUGCUUGGCCCUGCGAAAGCGCCGGUGGCAAGUGAGGAGGAUGUAGAGAGUGCUGGCGGUGUCUACAAUAUCAUCCUCUUUAAGAGGCCGGCGGAGGGCGUCGCAACAGGCACGCUUAUGGCUGUAGCAUCAGAAGGCGACGACCGCGUUAAGCUGGAAAGCGGCCAGCGCUGCCUGGUUUGCUUGUGCGACUUCGAGGUAGCGGAGGUGUGCCGCAAGCUGGUCAAGUGCAAGCAUUUGUUUCACAAGGAGUGCAUUGAUCAGUGGCUCACACAAGGACGAAACUCGUGCCCUCUGUGCCGAGGCCAGGGUGUGGACGAGAAGGAGAAGCCUUCUACUCCCACGCCUGAUGGCACUCCCGCCAAUCCCGCCGAACUGAGCGCUAAUUGA